CGAUCACAUGAUCCUUGCAAUGGCGAGAGGCUCCGUUCUUUUCAUUUUGACCUUUCACCCCAAGAUGGCGGCGCCCGUGGGUCCGAUGAAGUUUUGGAAACCGGGCACAGAAGGACCAGGUGUCAGCCUCUCAGAGGAAAGACAGAAUGCUGCUGAAAGUUCAAGCGUUUCGGUCAUCUAUAAUCCCUUUAUUUCCCUUUCUAUUGAGCAACAGAGGCAAAAGCUGCCUGUUUUUAAGCUUAGAAAUCAUAUCCUCUAUCUGGUAGAAAACUAUCAGACAUUAGUGAUUGUUGGAGAAACAGGAUGUGGGAAAAGCACUCAGAUUCCCCAAUAUCUAACAGAAGCUGGUUGGACUGCUGAAGGCCGGAUAGUGGGAGUAACACAACCUCGGAGAGUUGCUUGUAUUUCAAUUGCAGAGCGGGUAGCUGAAGAGAGGGGUGCCUUGCUGGGCCAUGAAGUUGGAUAUUGCAUUCGAUUUGAUGAUUGUACUGACCCACAAGUUACAAGGAUUAAGUUUCUGACAGAUGGAAUGCUGGUCAGGGAAAUGAUGGCUGACCCAUUACUAACCAGAUAUAGUGUCGUCAUGUUGGAUGAAGCUCAUGAGAGAACUUUAUAUACAGAUAUUGCCAUUGGCUUAUUAAAAAAGGUUCAGAAAAAACGAGGAGAUCUUCGCUUGAUUAUAGCAUCUGCUACACUGGAUGCUGAGAAAUUUAGGGAUUUCUUUAACCAAAAUGAGAGCAGUGACCCAAGCAAAGAUACCAGCAUGAUCCUCACUGUGGAAGGACGGACGUUUCCAGUGGAUGUCUUCUACAUUCAGAGCAGGCGCAGACUUGAGUGGAGGAGGGCUUCAGGAACCUUCCCCCAUCCCCUUCUGCACCGGCCAGCUGGAGCAGACUUCAGACAAGUGCUACGGGGGCUCGGUGGAAUCUUCAUGCUUUUCCUCCCCUGGAACCUUAAUUCUCCCCUUCCCCCUCCACAGAAGGGCUAUGGGCAAGCUUGGCAGCAACUUCAUGCCCUCCCUCCUCCUCCACAGAAGGAGAUGGAAAGUCCUGUUCCAGAUUAUGUGAAGUCAACUGUGGAAACAGUCAUGAAAAUUCAUAAUUCAGAAGGUGAUGGCGAUAUACUGGCAUUUUUAACUGGCCAGGAAGAAGUAGAAACAGUUGUUUCUAUGUUGAUAGAACAAGCUCGAAUCAUCGCUCGCACAGGCAUGAAGAAGCACCUGCGUGUCCUUUCUAUGUAUGCUGGAUUGCCUGCUACUGAGCAGAUGAAAGUUUUUGAAAGAAUGCCUCAUAAUGUGAGAAAGGUGAUAGUGGCUACUAACAUUGCAGAAACCUCUAUCACAAUCAAUGGAAUUUCAUUUGUCGUUGACUGUGGCUUUGUGAAGCUUCGUGCAUAUAAUCCCAAAACAGCCAUUGAAUGUCUUGUGGUUGUUCCAAUCUCGAAGGCCUCGGCUAAUCAGAGAGCUGGUCGUGCUGGACGGAAUCGCUCAGGAAAAUGUUAUAGACUUUACACAGAGGAAGACUUUGAGAAAUUGCCACAGUCCACUAUUCCUGAAAUGCAACGCAGUAACCUGGCACCAGUUAUAUUGCAGCUUAAGGCAUUAGGAAUUGACAAUGUGCUUAGGUUUCCCUUCCUCUCACCUCCACCAGCUCAAUCAAUGGUGCAAGCUCUGGAGCUGUUGUAUGCCUUAGGAGGACUGGAUAAAUAUUGUCGUCUCACUGAACCUCUGGGGAUUAGAAUAGCAGAGUUCCCUUUAAAUCCUAUGUUUGCAAAGAUGCUCCUAGAAUCAGGAAAUUUUGGCUGCUCCCAAGAGAUUCUGAGCAUUGCAUCCAUGAUGCAAAUCCAAAAUAUCUUCACAGUUCCUCCAAACCAAAAAAUUCAAGCUAUUAGAGAACACAGAAAAUUUGCUGUUGAGGAGGGUGACCAUCUCACAAUGCUUAAUGUCUAUGAAGCUUUUAUAAAACACAACAAAAGUUCUCAGUGGUGUCAGGAACACUUUCUGAAUUAUAAAGGUCUUGUUAGAGCCACAAUUGUAAGGGAGCAGCUGAAAAAACUUCUUGUCAAAUUCAAAGUGCCAAAAAAAUCUAGUGAAGGUGAUCCAGACCCUGUUCUAAGAUGUAUUGUUUCUGGAUUUUUUGCUAAUGCAGCCAGAUUUCAUUCUACUGGGUGUUACAGGACUAUUCGUGAUGAUCAUGAACUCUACAUACAUCCCACCUCAGUGUUGUAUGCAGAGAAACCUCCUCGUUGGGUAGUGUACAAUGAAGUUAUACAGACUUCGAAGUAUUACAUGCGAGAUGUUACAGCUAUUAAAUCUACUUGGUUAUUGGAACUGGCCCCUCAUUUCUAUCAGCAAGGAACGGUACGGGCUCGGCAUGGACUCCAAACGCAUCUUUCUCUGAAAGCCAAAAGAGCUAAAGUAGAUGACCACUGACUCUCUCUGACUGUUGAAGUUCAUCACGUGUGAUGCUGAAAUUGUCACCAAUUUGAAAAUGUACAACUGUCCUUCCAACAAUUAGUUGAUUAGCAACCUGACCUCAUAUCAACUAUUCAUGUUGAAAUGCCUGCUUGCCAGGAUUCUGUAGGGAUGUAUGCAUGACCAAUACAUUGUAACACUUAAAUAGAGCUUGUAUUGUGGACAUCUUAUCCAGCAGUCUAGUUGUGAUGACCACUUCUGUUCAUAAGGGCACUAUGCUCAUUUUAAAUAAAGUAGAAAAAUUAUCAGUGCAAAAAAAAAACCAGAAAGACACAAUUUCGAAGAAAUUUGCAGUACAUGGAUAACUACAUUAUACCCUUGAAGCAGAAAGGAGAGGAAGCAGAUACAGUGCCCUCAGAGAGAUGCUCAGGAUCCUUCAGACCACUGUGUGAAACUUGAUCAUCCUGGAACUACCUGCUAUACAUGUAGGCAGAUUUGGGAACACAAGCAAAGCCUUGACGUACCUUAAUGGGUGGAAAUGAAAACCUUGAAACUGUGAUUGUGCCUAACUGCUGUGAUUUUUUUCCCUGUCUUUUUUCCUGUAAAGCAAUAGAUUUCUAAUCUUUUACUGGUUUCUACAUUUCUUCUUUCUUGCAUUUUCUCUCUUAUAAUAAAUUAGCUUAUUUUACAGCCAUAAUAUCAAGACUUUCACUAAAUUAAGCUCCUUGAGAAAGGACUUUAAUGCGGACAUAUUGUUUGUUGUUUCCUUUCAUUUCAAAAUUAAGAAAUGAGAAACUUGGAGCCAGUAUCUGCACAUUCUCAAAUUUUUGAUAUUAUAGUUAACAAAAAUCUGUGGUUCUUGGCAUGUGUUACUGACUGUUAAAAGUUCAGAUAGUGGUGAUUAUAGCAAUGAGGAUAAAGAAUCCAAUUUUAAGAUAGAGCCAGAGGGACACGUCCAGAAAUAUUAUCUUUUCCCCCAACUGAGGCUCUGUUGAAUAUAAGGAUUCCUUGGAAUGGGACACAGGGUGGUGUAGAACUGCUAGUGCUCUAUCUACAUGGAUUUCUGUUGCAUGUUCCUUGUACAGUAAAUAAGACGUUUUGGCGAAAUGAUUGUAGCUUGAGGGAAGGAAAGAUACUGUUAGUGAAACAGCAAAUUAGAACAAAUUCUAGAAAUUAAAUUCCCUCAAUGAAAUAGAGUAUACUGGCCCAUUUUACAAUUAACCUGAAAUCCAUUUGACAAGAUUGUUUAUAGCGAAAUAUAACAAAUGAGAAAAUUUACUUCCAUGAAUCUUAAAAAAAAAAAAAAACCCUUUUGACACAUAUUUUUUAAAAAAUAAAAUGUUCUGAACUUUGCAGUUGUGCUAGGAUUGUUUUCCUCAGAGAGGAAGGUUGGUUUGUAUAGAGUACACUGCUUAAGGUGUGCAAUGACUUUUUCUUUUGUAACGUUCUUCUUUGCCUCAGCACGUUGAUAUUUAUUUUGAAAUAUCAUUUAUUUUGGAUAUAUGUAUUUUGGAAAUAUGGAUUUGUCUUUCUUCCUAGAACAUAAGUUGGUUGUAUGACUUGCUCUCUUCUUUUUUAUUCUUCUUUUAAAAUACAUGUAAAUUGUGGUGUUGUUUUUACACAGAAUAUGGAUGUGCAUCCUGAGUCACUUUUUCAAACUCCUCUUUCCAUUCUGCUUUUCACAAGUCUGCAGAGAAGCUUGAGCUAUCAAUGUCCGAUCCAUACAAUGUCUUUGUGCUGUAUGUGCAACUUAACAAAGUUUAAUUCCAAUCUAUGGAUUCAUGGUUUCUCUCCCUCUUCCCUGUUUGUGAGUUCCAUAGGCUUAUCUUUUAUUUUUUGUGUACUGUGUAAAGUCCAGAAUAGCGCUGAUGCUCCCAAUGAGUCUCUAAAAAGCUCUUCCUUUAAAGAGUUUGCAAAGUCCUGGAUACAUAAAGUAUGUAAAUUUCCAUGUCUUCUUGCAACAGUUUAGAAAAACAAAAUAAAGCUGUCUUCCAUAA